ACGUAAGAGACUGACGGACUGGGACACAGACAUCACUCCCCUGGUUGGAGAGGAGCUUUUAGUCGAGGUUCUGGAUGAUAUUCCCCUCACAAUGCAUAACUUUGUACGGAAAACAUUUUUCAAGCUGGCUUACUGUGAUUUUUGCCACAAGUUUCUUUUUAACGGCUUCAGAUGUCAGACAUGUGGCUACAAAUUUCACCAGCACUGCAGUAGCAAGGUCCCUACAGUGUGUGUGGACAUGGACACAGUGAGCAAACGGUGUGAUCCUAAUCUCUGCACAGAUGAGUACCCACGGAUACUAUUGCCA